UUCACCCAUGGCCUCUUCCCAUAGAGGGUGUGAUGGCAGGAACCGAGGGCAUCAUGCACGGCACCCUCUACAGCGCAGCGAAUGGCCAGCUCUCUAGCACCACGGCUCCUGGGGCCUCUUCCACAAAUACUACCAACUCUCUCAACCAUAGCUCAUUGAACGGCGUCAUGCCCCUCAACAGUAUGUCUAUGUCCAAUGCUUGCCAGUAUGAGAGCAGCAAGCUGGACAUGCAGGACAACAAGGAGUGGUUUGGAGCGACAGGGGGUGGUGUUGAACACCUGGACCAAGCACAAACGGAGACCCAGAUAAAGGAGGAAGUACAAGAGGUUGAUGAUAGUGCACCAGUUAUAGACAUUAUGAUCAACAAUGUGGUGUGCUCCUUCUCUGUUGCAUGUCACAUUGAUCUGCAACAUGUAGCCCGGUUUGGUCAUAAUGUCGAAUUCAGGAAAGAGAACGGAAUGGUAACCAUGAAAUUACGAAAGCCUUUAACUACUGCCUCUAUUUGGUCAUCAGGAAAAAUCACCUGUACAGGAUCGACAUCAGAAUUACAAGCCAGAGUCGCUGCCAGGAGAAUUGCUCGACGUAUACAGAAAUUGAACUACCCAGCAAAGUUCCGUAAUUUCCGCAUUGUCAAUGUCCUUGGAACGUGUACAAUGCCCUUUAGUAUAAAGAUCACUCAGUUUUCACAAAAAUUUAGAGAAGCAGCAAGUUAUGAGCCAGAGCUUCAUCCUGGUGUUACUUAUAAGAUCGACUAUCCUAAGGCCACACUCAAGAUAUUCUCCACGGGAAGUAUUACAGUCACAGGUAUGUAUGACAACAUUUCAAGACUGCAGCCUUAAUCCAUUUUUCGAAUG